GACUGCAAUAUCGCGAGCUUUGUGCCCCAGUUCCCCGCCGGCCAGACGCAGCUCGUGGUACCCACGGAUAUUAAACCUCAUUUCAUCGGCCUGGCAUUUGGGGUGCAAAAUUACACCUGCAGCGAAAGCGGCACUUUCUCCAAUAUCGGGGCGGUCGCGGAGCUCAUUGACGUCUCGUGCUAUGUGAACGAAAGCUGGUUCCCCACGAUUCAAAACGAGCUCUACGCCGCGUGGACGGACGCCGACUUCAACGACUUCUCCAUCCAAGAGAUCAUCGACUUUGUGCACUUCAUCGACCCGCCGCAGAACCUUGCGCAGCAUUAUUUUGUGGAAAACCCGAUCACGGAUAGCGGCGUGAGCCCGAAGUGGGACUUUACGUCUUCCGGCAAGUUCAAAGGGAACGCGGACGCGUUCGUCAUUGCCAAGGGAAACGGCACGCUCUCCUCGCCGAAUGACCCCAAAGACGACGUGACAUGGUUAGAGGUGCUCCAGGUGAAGGGUGACGUCGCGGAUGAGGUGUUCCGCUUCGAUACGGUUGGUGGCCAACCGCCAGUAAACUGCUCACAUGGCCAAAGCCUGGACGUCUCGAUCAAAUACACCUCGAAAUAC